AUGCCUCAGAACGAGUACAUGGACCGCUGGCGGCGCCUGCACGGCCGCCGCCUCGACCACGCCGAGCGGCAGCGCAAGCGGGCGGCGCGCGAGGGCCACGACGUCGCCGAGAAGGCGCAGAACCUGCGCGGCCUCAAGGCCAAGAUGUUUGCCGAGAAGCGCCACAAGGAGAAGAUCCAGAUGAAGAAGGCCAUCAAGGCCCACGAGGAGCGCAACGUCAAGACGGCCAACGACAAGGAGCCCGCCAACCCCGUCCCGGCCUACCUGCUCGACCGCAACACCCCCAACACCGCCAAGGCCCUCUCCACGUCCAUCAAGAACAAGCGAACUGAGAAGGCGGCCCGGUUCGCGGUGCCGCUGCCCAAAGUGCGCGGUAUCAGCGAGGAAGAGAUGUUCAAAGUGGUAAACACCGGCAAGAAGACGCAAAAGAAGGGCUGGAAGCGGAUGAUUACGAAACCAACAUUCGUUGGUCCCGAGUUCACUCGCAGGCCCGUCAAAUAUGAGCGCUUUAUCAGGCCCAUGGGUCUCCGAUACAAGAAGGCUCACGUCACACACAAAGAGCUCAAUGUUACUGUUCAGCUGCCUAUCCUUGGCGUUAAGAAGAACCCCAACAACCCGCUGUACACUCAGCUCGGAGUCUUGACCAAAGGAACGGUGAUAGAAGUGAACACGUCAGAGCUUGGAAUUGUCACAGCCAGCGGAAAGCUCGCCUGGGGUCGCUAUGCCCAGAUCACCAAUAACCCGGAUAUGGAUGGGACGGUCAACGCCGUAUUGCUGGUUUAG